GGCGCCCUAGAAGCUGCGGCGGCGGCGGCGGUUUGGAGGCGGCCAGAGAACACCGGCCGUGCUGCCCUCUCUCCCUUUACCACCGCCGCCCGGUCACCUGCCCUGCCUCGUCUUUCCCCAUAACCUCCCCGGGGAAGGAACAAGAUGUCUAAUCCAAAAACCACCUCAAGUGACAGCAAUGACUCUCAGAACACAGACUGUAAUCCUAGAAAAGUAAGGGACCAUGAAGACAGCCAUGGCGGAGACAUGCCUAGCCUCUGCCUACCUGACAUUCCACCUUCCAGUCCUCCCCAAAUUCUUUCUGUGUCAGAACUCAUGGAAACAGCCAAUGAAGUCUCGAAAAUGACCAUAGCACAUGAAAUUGUAGUAAACCAUGACUUCAAAUUGCAAGAGGUGAAUUUCUUACCAAACAGUUUGGAAAGCAGAGUUAAAGAGACAUUGCAUAAAGCUUUUUGGGACAUUCUGAGAGAACAGCUCUCCAAAACACCACCAGACUAUUCCCAUGCUAUCAAGCUACUUCAAGAAAUCAAAGAGACCCUACUGUCCUUGCUCCUGCCCCGACAACAUCGUCUGCAAAGUCAGAUUGAAGAAACUCUGGACAUGGAGCUGAUAAAACAGGAGGCUGAGCAUGGUGCUUUAGAUAUCCCCAACCUCACCGCUUACAUCUUAGGUACAAUGGCAAUGCUCUGUGCACCUGUUAGAGAUGAGGAGAUACAGAGACUACGAGUCAUGGCAGACCCAGUUCAUCUGCUCAGAGAGAUCUUCAGAGUUCUGAACCUAAUGAAAAUGGAUAUGGUAAAUUUUACCAUACAAAGCCUUCGACCCCAUCUGCAAGAGCACUCUGUUGAGUAUGAAAGGAAAAAAUUCCAGGAGCUCCUGAAGAAGCUACCAGGUGGCCUCACUUGCACAACUGAGUGGUUGCGCAAGGCAGCAGCUGAAAUAUCAACCUCUGAUGUGCUACCCUCCUCAUCCACCUUUGAGACCAAUGGAUCAUCUGUUCCACCCUCCUCUCCGGCUGCUAGAGAAGCGUUAUCUGUCCAUAGUCCCACAGCUGUGCUAAACCAAGCAUACAUGGACUUGCUGCAUUGGGAGCCUGGAAAAGAAUAUCCUGAGACUAUGUUGAUGGACAAAGCCCGCUUGGAUGCCCUUCAGAUGAAAGUGAAUCAGCUAGCCAUUAUUGCUGCAGUCCUACUAGUGAGCAGCAGUACAUGUGGAAGUGGAGUGUUCAGCUCACCAGGAUGUGGAGAUAGGCUAAAAAGGGUAAUAAAAGCCCUUCUGGGAGGACUUCCUGACACAAGGUUAGAAGAUGUUUUAAUGGAUAUCAGCAAUCAAAUGCAUGAGGAAGUUAACAACAUUCUCCUGCAGUUGGGGUAUCCUGUUCUCAGCACUGACAAGGCUGCUUCACUUAAAGGCCAACUCAGGAGUCUUGCAGAGAAGGACAAUGCAGUACGAAUUCUAAUUGAGCAACGGAUCCAAACUUUUCUUAGGCUUUGUUUGUAUCCUGGUGGCCAGAAUGCUAAGAAUCUACCCCAAGGCCUUGCUCCUAUUCAAGAAGAAUUACUGGAAGUGGGCCAGAGGUUUGGCAGUUUGAUUCAUCACAACAGACAGGUGUUUGGUCCCUACUACUCAGGGAUACUGAAGAAAUUGCUGCUUCCAGAGGGAAAAUCUGAAGCCGGGACAGAUUCCCAUUAACAAUCUAAAACAAGCAGCACACACAACGGCAGGGAGAGGGGGAGGAAAAAAACUGGCAAUUGUUCAGACUGUGUUUUGGCUCAGAGUCCACUGCAAUCAAGUGAGCAGCUGUCCUGCUCUGUGCUGUGAUACCUAAAGCACUCAUACAGCUGGACUAUUGAAGCUGUGGGAUACAGUUACACAAAUACCAACUGACAAUGCCAAGUUUGCCGCAGUAAACCUUUAAACAGCUCAGAAUGUUGUCUUGUGUUUUUAGACUAGCUGGUGCAUUUUCCAUCAAAUGGGAAGGGCAAAACUAGGGACCUGAUCUUGUAGCCAUUAAUGUAGAAGGUAAUUAAUUUCAGUGAAACUAGAUAUACAAGCGUAUUCAGGAUUAAGCCUUGUUAAUAAACAAUACAGACCAGUAUACCACA